UAUGGCAACUAACAUGAGAGUCCUGGGACUGCUUGUUAUCACUCUACUGCUGCUGACAGCUGGACAAGCUGAUGACACUAAAGUACAAAGAUGGACUUGUGGAUAUCGAGGGCUUUGCAGGAAGCACUGCUAUGCACAAGAGUAUAUGAUCGGUAACCAUGGCUGCCCGAGAAGACACAGGUUCUUUUCAGUUCUUGUAGUGGCGCAUAAUUUAAAUGAUGUCACUAAAAUUCAAUAA